AUGGAGUCGGCGCAAGACGAAGAAGUCUACCGAGCGAUCCCCAAAAUCGAGCUGCACGCCCAUCUCAAUGGCUCGCUGCGAGAUGCCACGGUGGUGGACCUGUUGAAGGCCAAGCGGAAGCGACAGGGCGCUACAGACGCUGGUGUCGAGGCGGACCUGCCGGCCUACCUCUUCCAACACAACCGCAGCCUCGAGGAGUGCUUCCAGGUGUUCGGCUUGAUCCACAAGCUCACCAACUCUCUGGACGUCAUCAAGCGAAUCACUCGAGAGGUGUUGGAGGACUUUGCAGAGGAGAACGUCAAGUACAUCGAGCUGUUCGAGCUCUCGCGCGCCAGCAUCGAGUGCAUCUUCGCUCCGGAACACGACAAAGAAGCCCUCAGGCAGCUCUGGCGCGAAUCAGCCACCACGUCUCUCUUGGGCUGA